AUGUCUAUCUUAAAUGUUUUUGUAACUACUUCAGAUACAUUUCGGUGUUCACUUCAUAGUGGAAGUCUUAUCUUUGUCAGGAUUUUUUCCUCAUUUUACAAACAGCAUGCUAAAGUACAACCUUCCUUAGUUAUCAAAGUGUGGCCUUCUAUGUGCUUCGAGAUGUUAAAACAGGGUUUCAUGGCAGAAUUGGCUAUCGACAACUCAGAUGAUUUUACUAGCUCUUAUUUCCAAUAUAAAAACUUUACGAUGUCUCAACUUAUCAUGAAUGAUGGUGGAGCUCUUCAUUUGGAGGAAGUAAGGUGGACAUCUAUCACUUCCGAUCAAUAA